GCAGCUAAUAUGUAGAUGUACUGUAGUUACCAGUAAGUGCCGGCAAAAGUCGCUGCAGGUUGCAAAGAGCUCAGCUACGGAUUCGCUUACUUGGUUCUCCAUUUUGUAUGUUUUGCUUGAACGUUAGCCUGUACAGUACUUCCCUAACGGCUAGCUGGGGAGCCCUGUAGACCAACUUGUUUACUUGCAGUUCACUAACGACCAGUGGGCCUUCAUAAAGAAUCGAGAGACGUAGACGAAACUAACUCUCACUCGGCUUUGUUUCCUCUUUUCAUCGACACAUGUACGAGGAGACGACGCCAGAGGAAUUCACAAGUACCAAGUCUGUAGUGGCGUAUUGUGGUCAGCCACUUUGAUCCAUAACAAUGUUGACUGACGACCAGUGGGCUCCCGUCAACCGGAAGUCACUUCAAGGAUGGACAACGGUGAAGUAAACAUAACAUUGAGCAGAGAUGAUUGUACAAGUAAACUGGUCUACAUCCAAAAUCCAGAGGGGAGCAGCCCAUUGAUAGUGGCCCCUCACAGUGCAAGCAGCUCUACGACCUCGGUUAUUCUCCCAUCCAGCCAAUUAAUGCAGCCUGGACAGUCUAACGGACUCAAUAGCAGUCCUGCGCCAGUGGAAGUCACGUCUUCCUCCAUCACUGCCACCGUUAGCACGCUGCAGGAAGAGCCACAACAUAAGAGUCUCACCAAAGAUCAGAAGCUGCUCUCAUCUAGCCACCUUAACUUCGAGGAGAAGUUGAUGCAGUCAGGAGGCAGAACAGUGCACCGAACCCCAUCUUCCAUGGAUUCCCUUAUCGGAGGAUCAGAUCCUAGCUUUUUCACCAUGAAAACUGAGGAUUUCUCUUUGGAUAAAGUAGGUCAUGAUCCUACUGACCUUGAUCAUGCUUUUGAUCACAUUGGCAAAGACAUUGACAUGAACCAGAAGUUAUUCAGUGAUAACACUCUGGAUCUUCUCAGUGACUUUGAGCUCACCGGCUCCCCGUCGGAUUUUUAUGUCGGGGAUGAUGCCUUCUUGUCCACCUUAGCAGAUGAUGCUCUGCUUGUGGACGUCACCCCUGAGAAGGAAAUUAAGCCUGUUGCCUCUGAAAGCGGUGCCAGCAGUGGCCCCCUUGCUUUCAAUGGCAACAACAACAUUAUCAGUCCUGAUCAGUCCAGCUCAAGCGUAUCCACAACCUUAACACCGCCCACCACAAUGGUGAAGAAAGAAAAAGAUGGCGACUUCAUUCAGCUCUGCACUCAAGGUGUGAUUAAACAAGAGAAGAUGUCUUUUUGCCAGAUAAGCAGCACCACACCCCCUGACCUGCCCACAUCUAGACCCAUCUCCAUCUGUGGGGUGAGCACCUCUGGAGGUCAGAGCUUCCACUUUGGACUCGAUUCGCAGCCGCUGAAGGAUCAGAAGUCUGUCACCUGCCAGUAUGUUCCUGUUGCCACCGUUGGUGCACCCUGGAACAGAGGCCUGACUCCCGGGCCAGCCUCAGGCUUGAAUAAACCCUCUGAGGCUGUCACAGCCAUCCCUACCUACAACACCGGCUUUGCCAGAAAAGGGGGUGUGGGGAGUGGGUAUGGACCCGUACUUGGAUGCUGGGAAGAGGGCGGGAUGGACUGUCUAUUCUCUCCCAAAAACCUGAGCUCGACUUCCCGACCGGAAGGAACCACAGCGCCGUCGUCCACCCAGGGCAAGAAUGGCGCUCACAAAAUCUGCUUGGUGUGCUCCGACGAGGCUUCUGGGUGCCACUACGGCGUGCUCACGUGUGGCAGCUGCAAGGUGUUCUUCAAAAGAGCAGUGGAAGGGCAACAUAAUUACUUGUGCGCUGGAAGAAAUGACUGCAUCAUAGAUAAAAUCAGGAGGAAGAACUGCCCAGCAUGCCGCUUCCGCAAGUGCCUAAUGGCCGGCAUGAAUCUGGAAGCGCGCAAAACCAAGAAGAAUCGCGUGAAAGGCAUCCAGCAAAGCAACUCGCCCGAGUUGCUACCCCCCAAGCCAGCCGAACCUCAGGCACUCGUCCCUAAGUGUAUGCCUCAGCUGGCCCCCACGAUGCUGUCCCUUCUGAAGUCCAUCGAGCCCGACACCCUCUACGCGGGCUACGACAACACCCUGCCCGACACCCUCUCGCGCGUCCUGACCUCUCUAAACAGACUGGGUGGCCGACAGCUCAUCUCUGCGGUCAAAUGGGCGAAGGCUUUGCCAGGUUUCAAGAACCUCCACCUGGAUGACCAGAUGACCCUCCUCCAGUGCUCGUGGCUCUUCCUCAUGUCAUUUAGCCUGGGCUGGAGGUCGUACCAGCAGUGCAACGGCAACAUCCUCUUUUUUGCUCCGGACCUUAUCAUGAACGAGGAGCAAAUGAAGCUGCCCUACAUGGCGGACCAGUGCAAGCAAAUGAUGAGGAUUAGCAGCGAGUUUGUCCGCCUGCAGGUUUCCCAUGACGAGUAUCUUUGCAUGAAGGUCCUGCUGCUGCUCAGCACAGUGCCAAAAGACGGCCUGAAGAGUCAGGCGGCUUUCGACGAGAUACGAAUGUCGUACAUCAAGGAACUGGGGAAAGCCAUUGUGAAGCGAGAGGAGAACUCCAGCCAGAACUGGCAACGUUUCUACCAGCUCACCAAGCUGCUGGACUCCAUGCAUGAGAUGGUCGGCGGGCUUCUCAACUUCUGCUUUUACACCUUUGUGAAUAAAUCGCUGAGCGUGGAGUUCCCGGAGAUGCUGGCCGAGAUUAUCAGCCACCAGCUUCCCAAAGUCAAAGCCGGUGGCGUCAAAGCCCUCCUUUUCCACCAGAAAUGACCUGUUUGCUCCCAUCGGGGGCCAUGCCUUAACACCCAAGACCACCACCACCCUGAAAAGACUGAGUACGUACAUCUUUGGGAGCGGGCGCAGGUUUUUCAGAUUUCUUAGGAAUUGUGCAGACGAGUGCGCUUCACACCCAUGUUGUCUCAGGUGACUUCCUUCAACUAAACAACUAGAUCCGUCGAUUCUAUACAUCUAAUUACUUUGUACAGUUUCAAAUAGUAUUUUUGCAUCCGGACAGUUUUCCAGGUUGUAGUCAAGUGGAAGCCAACUAAACUCCAUGACUAAUUAGUAUUUUGAAAGUUGUCAUAGGAGCUUGCGACUAGAUGAGCGCCCCAUCUCGAUGAUCUCGCUUCAUUUCUUGCUUUGAUCCGUUUUGAUAUGAAAAACUCUUUUACGUUAGCCAAGAGUCAAGAAGAUUACUCCACAAGCUGACCACUUAAUGGUUUACACACGUCGAUGUAUAAAGGGAAAAAAAAUGUGCCUUUUAUUUUGGUGCUGUCGUUGCGUAAAAUAUCAUCUCAGCUAUCUCUUCCUACCUACGUGUGGGGGGGUUGAGGGGUGUGUCUCUCCUCAGCCCAUCGCAAGUUUACCCUGAUUGUAGUACAUGCAGUUGCGAGGCUUCCUUUUGAAACGACUGUUUUCCUUGCUCCUCUGAGCGCAUAUACGUGUGUGCGUGGCACGUUCCCCGUCCCACACAUAAAAUUACUAAAGUGCAAUAUAAGCACUUUGGACUCUGCUAUGGAUAAUGGCUUUCAAAGUCUUAUACGUGGCUUCGUCACAGUCUUCAUAUAAGAUUUGGGGUUUUAGCCCGCCUCAUCUCAAAUUGCCCCACCCCUCCACCCCCUCCCUUCGCCACUCAUUUACCUUAACCCUCCAUUGUAUUUAACAGAAUGUGAUUUGCGUCAACCAAUCAGAAAAGAGAGUCCUAUUUUCAUGUGGAUUUGUAGCUUGUUAGUGCAUCUGAAGGGUGCAGCUGUUCAGCCAUGAGGGUGAGUGUGUGAUCCUGAUCCUGCGUCGCCCCCAAACUCAUACCUACAACUUUAAUUGAACACAUCACUUAUGGUUCAAAUAUUUCCUCAUAUAGUGGCUUUGUUACUUGACUGAAGAAGAGCACUUGGUGUCUGUUACGGUUUAGGUUAUAGAGACCUAUUUUUGUAUCUCAAGUCAACUCGGCUGUGCUUCGAGAGCACUUUAAAACAAACAUCGCUGGAUGCAAAGUGCUCUGCAUGGAUCAAAAAUAACAUUGAUUUUAUUUGAUCAUUAAUGGUAAAUAAGUAUAAUUCAUUUUAAAUGGCUCCGCAAUAUGCUAUGUAUCAUCUAUGACUAGAAUAUUACAUCUUGCAAGUUCUUCCCAAAUAGUAGACUUUGUUUCCUCCCCGCGGACCCAAACGUGUAGCUAUCUGAAGAUUUUUUUUCCAGACAAUUUGAAAUUACAUAGCUAAUAAAAAAAACUAUAUAUAUAUACAGUAUAUAAAUAUAUUGAGAGGUAUGGCAUUUAUUUACCCUGACCUGCAAAUGCUACAAACAAUAUAUUAUUGUGCAAAACCCCAUGCAUCCAGAAAUAGAAUUUUGACAAACAAUGAUGCAGUCGACUUUCUGAGUGCACCAAAGCAAUAUUUUUGUACCUUUAUAAUAUAAUAUAAACUAGCUCUUUUUCACCCAAUAUCUGCCAACUAGAGUCACUUAAACCUCGUCUCCUUAAAGUUACCUCCCGUGGGGAGAAUCUCUUAACUUCUGCAGUGAGCUAUGGGGCGGGGAGGGGGCGGGGGGGUCAACUAACUGCAAAAAUAAGUCAACACAAAACAAUUCUGCCUCGAAACUAAAAAUGAAAUGAAAAUGUAUUAUUAGGGGAGAGAGAGAGUCCUCAAUUAUUUGAGGGAAUAAUCCGGUCUAGAAUGUGACGGAUGGCCAUAAUCACAGCAGCGUUAAUACAGUUGUUCUCUUUGUUCAAGCUGCCGUUUGCUGUCUGUUGAAGAUGUUACUUGCUCCUCACACCAUCAAAAGUACUAUCUAUCCGGCCAUCCAUUUUCUACCGCUGGGAUCAGGUCGCAGGGGCAACAGCCUUAGCAGGGAAGCACAGAUUUCCCUCUCCCCAGUCACUUCUUCCAGCCCUUCCCGUACAGAACAUAGUCUCUCCAGCAUGUCCUGGCUCGUCCCCGGGAACUCCUUCAGAUGGGACCUCACCAGGGAGGUGCCUAGGAGGCAUCCUAAUCAGAUGCUCGAGCCACCUCAUCUGGCGCCUCUCGAUGUGGAGGAGAAGCAGCACGACUCUGAGCCUCUCCCAUAUGACUGAGCUUCUCAACUUAUCUCUAAAGGAGGGCUCAAUGCCUGUCAAAAGUAUGAAUUAUUGCAAAAUAGUCAUUUGAAAAGUGAACAAAGUGGCAAAACGGAUUUGAUACUGGGCUAUGUGGCCCGACACGAAUGGCGGACAAGGCAGACACAUGUGUCCAUCGUACACAAAAGAAUGGGAGGACAAAUUGCUCGAUAAUAACACAAAAAUCUCUUCAUUUCCAGUUAGGUCAUGGGAAUGAACAUCAUUUAUUUGAACCGUUUUUUUGUUUGUUUGUUUUUUGUUUUUUUGUUGGUGGCAUGUUACAACGAGCUGCCAAGGCAGAAUGAGUGCACGUUUUGGAUUUUGUCUCAUUUGUGCUUGUGUAGCAUUUCUUCAAAUGGACAAUUGACACCGACAUUGAAUUAGACCAAAGGCCACUAUUUGGGGAAAUACUGUCAUUGGGAGUCAUUUUCCUGCCCAGUCCCCUUGUGCGUGUUGUCUCAAAAGGUUCGGCGCCCCACUUUUUGGUGCGUUUGCUCUUCUAAGCUGUCUUAGCUAUGUGUUGUUGCAACACGGCUAAUAAGCUCCUCCCUCGUUGUGUUCAAAGUGCAAGCCUCCUUUUCAGGUAUUCACUGCCAUGAGGAUGUGUGUGGGAAGCAUUUGUGUGCGCCCGCUUUAUGAAAUGAAUGUAAAUAAUGAGAUUAUUUAAGUAUGUCCAAAACUUGGAUGAAAUCGAUUGGACAAGAAUAAAAGAUGGUGUAUAGUUGACUUAUUGUGUGAAAUGGUCACUAGGCCUAUUUGUCAAGGAACUAUUUGUCAAAAUAGACACCUCGUGAUAAGAAACAGUCAAGGACAAUUUUUAUAACACCCAAAAACUGUCAUUCCACAAAUUCUCAAAAUAAUAUUGAAGAAAUUGGGUUAUUAGCCCCCUCAGAACUAUUCGUUUUUUCUCGAAUGCCCAAGGUUUACUAUAUCCAUUAACGUGUUCACGGCGCAGUGAAAAUCCACCCUACAAAGGUUCAGAACUGCCUGGAGCAAAAUUAAACCCCACCAAACCACUUCAACAUAGUUCAUCGUCACCGAGGUUGCAACAAGGCACUAAUGUCGAAAUGAAACGCUUCAAAUCACUUCAACAUAGUUCCUCGGCCCCAAGAAGCUGGCAAGGCACUACUUUGACUACUUUGGUCAAAAUGAAACUCCUCAAAUCACUUAAACGCACUGCUUUGGCAUCCCUUAGCUUGGGGAUGUUUCUGCAAAGAAUCCCCUCUUAAUCCAAACAACUAUCGUGUGUAACCCUUAAAUUACUUUAGAUUAAAAAAAUAAAUAAAUAACGGAAAUAGACAUGGCCUGUGUGAUUAUUGAAAGCAACUGAACCAAAUGAAAAGUAGCAAGGUUGCGAAGUGGCCCCGACGACGUUUCCUCAUCCACACAAUGACGAUGACGUUGGCUUUCGUGGAAGGACAAAUAUAUUAGACAGAGAUGUGGAGGCGCCGAUUACUAACGUGUGAUCAAGGCUCAGGUGAUUGUCUCUGUCAUAUAUCUAUAUCUAUAUCUAUAUAUAUAUAUAUAUAUAUAUAUAUAUAUAUAUAUAUAUAUAUUAGUCCUUUGUUUUCAUCUUUUUUUCCCCUCCAUAAGAAGUCUGCCUAUCAGUCACUUUUUUGCCAUCUUUCAGGUUUACUUUCGCAUUCAGUGAACACAAAUCUUUGCUGCUGCUCUUUUGAAUCACAUACCUAUAAAAAACAUAGAGAUAUUAUAUAGAGAUAUACACAAAUACUUUAAGUACUAAUGACACAAUUGCCUCAUCUUGUUCCGAAAGGUGGCGAUCUUUCUUUCCUGUUCAACAAAAUAUGCAAUAGAAACAACAUAAUUUACCACCACCACGUCACAUAUAAGCUAUUUUCAUGCAGUCCAGACAUUCAGGAACACAGACAAACAUGGAUCAGAACAGCAGAACGUACGCACGCACACGCACGCGCACACGCACACGCACACACACACACACACACACACACACGAUGCCUAAUUUGUUGUUGGAUUAACUACAAGGUGACCAAAGCACUUAUUCUCCACACAAACUCACAAGGUAACUUUUGUUUUUUAAGGGGGUGGUAAAAGGAAACAUGACUUUGUUGACGUGUAAAACUGUGAAUAGAAUAAACUAGGAUAGGAGUCAAGUCUUUUUCACACCAACUGUUUGUAGAAGUCAUCAGUCGGUUUGAACGGGAAAAGAUUUGCACUAGCUAACUGUUGUUUGAAAAUCAAUUUUGUACAAAUUAUGCAGACGUUUGUAGACUUGUCAAGGGCAUAUAUGAGCAUUUCGUUUUGCUGUACAUACACUAUAAAAAGAUAUGAUACAUCCUGUCUAAAGACAAGGUGAGCUUGUUUUUUUUCUAUACCUGUAUGCUCUUGUGUUUUGUUUUUUUCCUUUCUGCUAUAGUGCCACUCUUGUUCCAUUUGUUCCUCAUUUCUUUAAUUGCGCUCUGUAACUGUCAUCCAUCCUAAUGUCCAUGAUGUGGUUUACUAUGACCUCAACAAUGCAGUCACGUAAUUCUUUGUAAAUCACUCUUCAAGCACCAGUUUAGCAAAUAAAAGUGCUUUCCAUCCUGCCA